ACCAAAAGCAAGUGUAAAGGAGACAAGCCCAAAGAGCCCAAGAGCCAAACCAGGUGGUGAUAGUGGCUUUCCGGCGAGGUUGGGUUCCGGCCACCAAAGGGAGCAGCCUCUGCCAGUAGAGAGCAGAAUAGGGAGUUUCUCGUUCACUGCACAAAACGGAGAUGACGAUUUUGCACGCAAGAAGGUUGCUCUGUAGAAGCUUCUCGAGCAUUUCUGGAAACCCUUUGCGGGUGUGUGUUGUUGGAAGCGGCCCUGCUGGUUUCUACACUGCUGAGAAGAUGUUGAAGGCGCACCAACAAGCACGAGUUGAUAUCAUUGACAGGUUGCCUACGCCUUUUGGAUUGGUCCGCUCCGGUGUCGCACCCGAUCACCCUGAUACUAAGAUUGUCGCCAACCAAUUCUCAAGGGUGGCGCAACAGGAACGAUGCUCGUUUUUUGGAAAUGUGACCCUUGGAUCCAGCAUCUCUCUCUCUGAAUUGCGCGAGCUGUAUCAUGUGGUUGUCCUCGCAUAUGGUGCUGAAAGUGAUAGAAGUCUUGGUGUUCCAGGCGAAAACUUGAAAGGGAUACUAUCAGCUAGAGAGUUUGUUUGGUGGUAUAAUGGGCACCCAGAUGGACGAAAUCUUAAUCCAGACCUGAAGAGCUCUGAUACAGCUGUAGUUCUUGGUCAGGGAAAUGUUGCACUAGAUGUCGCACGUAUUCUUUUACGACCUAGUACUGAGUUAGCAACAACAGAUAUUGCUGGUCAUGCUUUGGCUACCUUAGAGGAGAGCUCUAUCAGGGUAGUUUAUUUGGUUGGAAGACGUGGUCCAUCCCAAGCGGCUUGUACUGCAAAAGAAUUACGUGAAGUUCUUGGCAUUCAUAACCUUAAUAUUUUCAUACAGGAAUCUGAUUUACAUUUGACCCCGUCCGAUGAGGAAGAACUUAAGAGUAGCCGAAUACAGAGAAGAGUUUAUGAGUUGCUAUCUAAGGCAGCUACUUCGAGACCCAAACAAGCUGGUUUGAACCAACGUGAGCUCCAUUUUGUCUUCUUCCGAAAGCCAGAUAGUUUUCAAGAGUCAGAAGAGAGAGCUGGCCAUGUUUCUGGAGUGCACUUUGAGAAGACAGUUCUAAAAGGUGCUGGCCCUGGAAAACAGAUUGCCAUUGGUACUGGAGAGUUUGAAGAUACAAAAUGCGGGAUGGCACUUAAGAGUAUUGGUUACAAAUCAGUCCCAGUUGAUGGCUUACCUUUUGAUCAUAGGAAAGGUAUAGUUCCAAAUGAUAGAGGUCGAGUGUUGAGUGACACUUUAGAUCCUACAGCACUUGAAGAAGGCUUGUAUGUAUGUGGUUGGUUGAAGAGAGGACCAACAGGGAUUAUUGCCACAAACCUGUAUUGUGCUGAAGAAACUGUUUCGAGCAUAUCAGAAGACAUUGAAAGAGGACUUUUGAUUUCAUCAAUGUCCUCGCCAAAACCUGGUAGGGACGGUCUUCUCCAGCUUCUGCAUGAUAGAAAUGUCAGAGUAGUCUCAUUUGGUGAUUGGGAAAAGAUUGACUCUGAAGAAAGGAGGCUUGGAAGUUCAAGGAACAAGCCUAGGGAAAAACUGGCCACCUGGAAUGAACUACUGAAAGCAACCUCAGAAUGAAUCGAUUUUGCACAUGAACACAAUACUUCAUGAUUUCAGCUUGGUGAUCUUAACCUACACGAAGAGCAGUAUAUGAUUGAAAGACAGCUCCAAAAUAAAAUACACACUUCUUGAAAUACCUUGGGCAAUUAGUUAUCGUGGAUAUUCAUAUCAAAUCAACUGUUAUUGUGGGCAAAGGCAGACAGAUUAAAGCUCUUUUCUUUACAUUACAUACUCAUUUUUCUCCUAUUAAGCGUUUCUAUAACUAUUAUCUGUGAGACUGUGACUGAUUAUUCCUCUUAAGUAUUUGAUAGUGUUCCUAAUAACAUGGCCUUUUUAGUGGGA